UGACUCUCUUGAGGACUCGAGAAUCUCAAAAGAUUCGAUGAGAAAAAUAAUUGAAUUGAAGGACUUUUACAGGCUGCCUGGGGGAAACCUGCAAGAGAAUGUCAGAAAGAAAAAAAGCUUAAACUACAAGUAACAGAAAUUUGUUCUUUGGCCCCAUCUGUAAGUGUAAUACCAAGGAAAUCCUGACCUGAAUCCGUUGUUGAAAAAUGUCUCCGGUUCCAGAGGAAAUUCUACUGAAAGCAUCAGUCAUGCUGUUGGAGUUUGAUUUAUCUGGAACAAAGAACUUUAAACCUCCUGAAAUACAUGAUUGGGAUGUUAACUAUUAAAAUGUAUAAAAUAAAACAAAAAACAUGUUAGGUCUUUUCCAACAACCUUUCUUAUGAAAGAGGGCUAGUUUUGGGGAAGGAGUUCUGCUUGGCUUGCUUUGCGUGGCAUCCUACCAGCCACAUGGUAAGUGCAGAGAUUUUCGACCACAGAUGAACCCAGGGCAAUGGAAUGAAUGGUUGAACCACUGCUGAGCACGCUUUCAGCUUAUGAAGAAAAGUUGUUGUGGAAGCCAUCUACAAAUCCAUUUACCAAAUUUAUGGAGAAGCCUUCAAUUGAUGGAAGUCAUUCAGAGAAACUAUGUUCUCAUUUUACAAGUACACCAGAGGACGAACAUUUACCACAGGCUGCCAGUGAAAGUCAUCUCAGCUGUCUAAAGCAGGACAUCCUAAAUGAAAAGACUGAUCUGGAAGCAACAUUUAAGGAAGCUGAGUUGGCAACCUGUUCUGUAGAAUUAUUUUUGCCAUUAUUUAAGGAUACCGUUGAAGAGAUUAGUUUUGAAAAUGCUAAUCUUUUUGCAUCCAAUUUGAAGAAGAUUUCUAAACAGAAGGAAAUAUUAACAAAAGAAUUAGACACUUUUAAACGUGUAAAACAAGCUUUGGAACAUCUUAGAAAGACAGAAUACCAACAAGUAGGGGACAGUUUAUCCAGCAUGUUAGAGAAGCUAACUGAUAAUGAAAGUGAAAAUACUAAUCUUAAGAAGAAGGUACUUGAAAAGGAGACCUAUAUUCAAGAACUUUCUUGUUUGUUUCAGAAUGAAAAGGCAAAUGCUUUGAAAGCAGACCGUUUUUCACAAUCAGUAAAAGUAGUACAUGAACGACUACAGUUCCAAAUUCAUAAAAAGGAGGCAGAGAAUGAUAAAUUAAAAGAAUACAUAAAGAGCUUGGAAACCAAGAUAACUGAAUGGAACUUACAACUGAGAAAGAAUAAGCAUGAAGCUGUGGCAAUGAAAGAAUCAAGCAAACAAAAAACCAUAGCUCUAAAAAAGGCAUCUAAAAUUUACAGACAAAGGCUUAAAUACUUUACUGGAGACGUGGAAAACCUUACCUCCCAAAUUAGAGAUCAGGAAGCCAAGCUGUCUGAAACAAUUUCAGCUUCCAAUGCCUGGAAAAGUCAUUAUGAGAAAAUUGUAAUAGAAAAAACUGAAUUGGAAGUUCAGAUUGAAACAAUGCAAAAGCAAGUUACGAAUCUUUUGGAAGACCUGAAGAAAAUGGAAGACGUUGGAAAAAAUUCAUGUGAAGAAAUUCUUAGAAAACUUCACUCAAUUGAAUAUGAAAAUGAAACCCUGAAUCUUGAGAAUACAAAAUUAAAGACUACACUUGAUGCUUUGAAGGAUGAGGUGAUUUCUGUUGAAAAUGAACUUUUAGAAUUGCAAGAAGUAGAAAAACAACAGAAGACCCUUAUUGAAGUAUAUAAAACUCAGAUCCAAAAAUUGCAAGAAGCAGCUGAAAUGGUGAAAAGCAGAUGUGAAAAUUUGCUACGUGAAAAUAACCUAAUUACAAAAAACAAAAAUAAAAAAUUAGAGAAGUUGAGAGGCCAGACGGAGUCUCAUCUGCAGGAGUUAGAGCGCGUCCGCGAUUCCUUGACGGCGGCGGAAGGGAGGCUUCACGAGUGUCAGGAGAGUCUGCAGCUCUGCAAGGGGAAAUGUGCAGACCAGGCGCACACCGUUAGCGAGCUGCAGGGCCAGGUUGAUGCAAAUCAUAAUCUUCUGAGAAAGCUUUCUCUGGAAGAGGAAAAUUAUCUUAUUCAGUUGAAGUGUGAAAACCUUAAACAAAGAUUAGAACAGAUGGAUGUGGAAAAUAAAGAGCUUGAAAAGAAGCUGGCAAACCAAGAAGAAUGUCUUAAGCAUAGCAAUCUUAAGUUUAAAGAGAAAUCAGCAGAAUAUACAGCAUUGGCCAGACAGCUGGAAGCUGCUUUAGAAGAAGGAAGACAAAAGGUUUCUGAAGAAAUAGAGAAAAUGUCAUCUAGAGAGAGGGCUUUGCAGAUUAAAAUAUUAAAUCUGGAAACUGAACUUAGAAAGAAAAAUGAAGAACAAAAUCAACUUGUUUGCAAAAUGCACAGCAAAGCACAACACCAGGAAGUAUGUUUGAAGGAAAUACAACAUAGUCUUGAAAAGUCGGAGAAUCAAAAUGAAAGUAUUAAGAAUUAUUUACAGUUUCUUAAAACUUCUUAUGUAACAAUGUUUGGAUAAAUGGUUAUAUUUAUUUUCUAUAAGCAAUAGGAUUUUACUCUAAGUCUAAAACAUGAUUAGGUACAAAAAUAAUAAUAUAAUUUAUGGGUGAUAGUAGUAGAGUUUUUAUGAGGCUUUCUUAAAUACAGUUUAUUUUCCAAUUGCAACUUUAAAAUAAGAUACUGAUGUUAGUAUUCCUUUUUGCUGGAUAAUUUUCAUUUAGCUCUGGUUUAAUACCUAUUAAAAUUAUAUUGAUUUUUAGAAUGGUUUUCACACACACGAAAGCCAGAAUCAUUUUUUGUGACUGUAACCAUCAUUUAAGUGAAUUUGUCAUAAAUCUAGGCCAGUUAUGAGCCAAAUACAUGAUUUUGAAUAACAUAUAUAAUUGUUUUACUUUGUGGUGCUAUAUAUGUAUGUAUAAAAUCAAGGAAAAUAUUCUGGAUAUUAAUUGUUAAUAAUAGUAUAAUACAUACUUUCUAAAGAUACCAAAUGUCAAAUUAAUACUGUUUCAAGUAUGAUGCCAUUAUAAUUUCUGUGAGGAUUUUAAUAUAGAAUUUUAAAUCAUAGCUAUUAAAUGCCAGCUGAUGGUGACAGAUGAAAACACAUUGGCAUACAUUGUUUUUUAUAAAGAAUGGGCAUUUGGGCUUGCCUGUGAAUUUGUAGUCUCUUUUUUUAAUUAGUGAUUGUCUGGUAUUGUCACUGUAGACAUUCUAAAGCCCCUGAGGUAACUAAAAGAUUAAAGGGGAACAAGUUGUCCCGCCCCUUUCCAUGGCCGACUCCCUUGGGAUGACCAAAAUAAGCACUGUUAAUACCAAGAAGUUGUAGGAUGAGGUCUUUAUUAUUGUGGUGACAUAGAAGAGAUACCAAGAACUUAUUGCCCCCAGUCUUCUACCCGAUGUGCCAAGAGGCAGGAUCCUCUAAAAGGGGAUUGAUGUUGUCAGCAAGGAAUCAGGUAAUAGUAGCUCCUUGCAGACAAUGGCUUGAGGGCUGUUUAUUGAAAGGGUCCUCAGGUCUCAAAAGAUCAUCCAGAGAAGCAAAUUGUAUACUACACAGUCCAGCCUAUGAACAGAGCCAUCUCCCCAAGACGUUUUAUCCUCUUCUCUGAACAGAAGUGGGAUCCUUCUUUUCUCUGAUCCCUCUCAGGGGGACCUAAGACUGCCCUAGGAUCUAUGGGAGCUACUUGUCAAUGACCCAACUGCUUAAUAGUAUUUUUCUUAAAAUAGCAUAAUAUGGUAAUUUCAGGAACUGGCCACAUUGUUUACUCAAUAAUUGCUAACAAUAUUAGUGUUGCCUUUUUUUUUUUUUUUUUUUUUAAAUCAGAGUACUUUUACUAAAACACAUACUUGACCCUUGUGGUCCUUUCUUCAACUCCUAAGGCAAAGGGAGCUUUAAGAAAUACUCCGAUGAAAGGAAACUAAGGUUCUUAUGUAUUGCUCAUUAGACUGAGCUCUUGAAGGGCAGAACUGUACCUUAUUCCUAUUUCUAUUCCAGCCACUACACCAUAGCUAGUAUGUACCUAGAUGCUCCACUGCUGUUUGUGGAUAGACAGAUGGAUGGAUGUUGAAAGAGAAAGGUAUUCAUAUUCCUGUUUUACAUAUGAAAAAAAUGUAAGCAUAGAAGGAUUAACUACCAUAGCUAUGGUAUAAAACUCUUUAAUUUUAUUUUUUAUUUUUUUAUUUUUUUUAAAGAUUUUAUUUAUUUAUUUGAGAGAGAGAGAAUGAGAGAUAGAGAGCAUGAGAGGGAAGAGGGUCAGAGGGAGAAGCAGACUCCCUGCUGAGCAGGGAGCCCGAUGCAGGACUCGAUCCUGGGACUCCAGGAUCAUGACCUGAGCCGAAGGCAGUCGCUCAACCAACUGAGCCACCCAGGCACCCAAAACUCUUCAAUUUUAAAGUUGGCAUUUGAACUCAACUCUUCUGAUUCUAAAAGUUCUCCGUACAGUGCUGUUUUCCUGUUGCAAGCAGUGGCAGCGGUGGGAGCUUCGCUUUUAUUUACUGAGGACUUGCUAUGUGCCAGACAAAGCUCCCAGUGUGGGACAUGUACUAACUCAUUUAAUCUUUACACUUAGUAGCACUUAAUAGAUGCUAUUAAUUCCAUUUAUUUUUCAGCAAACCAGAACACAGAAAGGUUUCUUGCCUAAGGCCACAGAGCUAGUAAGUGGCAGGCAUCCAGAGUCUCUGCUCUUAACUAUGACCAUACUACCUUCAUACAUUUCAUAAAUAAAGGUAAAGGUUUUUUUGUAACAAUUGUGCAUUUACUUCAUCUGUGAAUAUUUUCUUUUUAUUAUACUUCUAAUUUUUGCCAAGGUGUUUGUGCCUGUACAUUAAGAUUUAGUCCCUGCAAAUGUUUCAGAUAGACUGUGGAAGGAAAUGACUACUGUGGAGGCCCUGAGGUUGGUACUCAGAUGCUAGUGACAAAGGACAAGAGGAAGUGUGCCAGACCCUAGAAGAACUGUAGCAUGAAGGACAGACAGUGGGCUCUUAUGGUGUGUGGACCAAACUCAGCAUUAGGGAGGCCCAGAGUCAGUGCCCUGGUGUCUCUGAGCAGUGUUCCUAUGGGCAGCUCUCCACCAUCCCAGAAAGCUCUCGUCCUGCGGUGCUGACAGCCUGGCAGGGUUUUCUCUAUCCUUGAUAUUCAGGGCCUCAAGACUUUCUUGAGUCCUAAAAGUUUUUUUCCAUUAUUUCUGCAAUUACUACCUCUCCACAUGUUCCUCUCCUCCUCCUUGUUUUGUCUCCUGGAUGUGAUCACCGCACAACUUGCGUUUUCCCUCCGGGUCUGUCACAGGGUAUCUUGUGAGGUAUCACCACCUGAUUUUUCUCACCACUAAUGUGGUUCUCAAGGGCAGUCAUUCUCUUUCUGUUGGAUACUGGAUUUCUAAUUAAGAAAUCAUGUUUUUUAGUUCCUGAAAGUAUUGGGUUUUGUUUUUUUGUUUUUUAGUGCUGUAAUUCCAUUAAAUUUUCAUUAAAAUUCUCAUCUGUUUCUUCCAUUGGUUCUACUACAGUAGGAAUCUCGAGUUUCUGUUCUGCUGGCCAUCUUUCUUCCCAAACCCCAUAUGAGUUUUAAUUUCCCUUGCCUCCUCCUGGUUAUGGUUCCCUCAGUACAUGCCAGCAGCCCGCCCUGCACAUUUCUUGGGCAGUAGCAAACCAGGUGGUGAAAGGCGGAUGGCUUCGGUUCUCGUGGCCUGAGGCCUGCUACCCUCAGCUGAAGGGCUGUGAAAAACCAUUCUGCUCCCAGAUGUUUUCGGUCAUGAGCAUCAGUUCUUUUCAGCUACCAAGACUGGAAGCACUUCAGUGCACUGAAGAGCCCACUUCAAGGUGUUCGGGGGUCAGUAAGUUUGUUGAAGCGAACAACAAGCGAAAAGUCCCCUAUGGAGGCGGACCACAGGCGGUGUUGUCUAUACAUAGAUUACUGUGCAGCAACUUAAAGAAUGAAUUCGAUCUGUAUCUGCUGGCUUGAGAUUUGUUCAUGAUUUUUGUUUUUAUAAGAUUUUUAUCUUAACCUUAAGCGUCACAGAAUUAUGUAUUCACCUUGUAAUCAGAACAAACGUCUCUUUGUGAAUAAGUUUACAUAUGUUGGUGUAAGCACAGAGAAAGGUGUUGCGAGGCCCACAUGCCUUGGUAGGGAUGGAGGAAAUAGUCUUUAUUCCACUUAUUCCGAUGAGAUUGCAUUACUUUCGAUUAUUUGCUAAUCAGAUAAGAAGAAAUUUGAAAGGUUGGGGGACAGGCAUAGUAGGGAAGAGUAGGACCGGUGAGAGGUUAUGGUCUGAGAAUGAAAUAUUGGAACUGGAUUUUCACGAGGGGAAUAGUCAGGGCCAAGGAAAAAGCGAGAAGCCCGCUUGAGGUGGAGUGGAGGUCACUGGAGUGCAGGAUGCCAUGGAACUGAGAAGGCGUGGGUGUUGAAGCUGUCUAGAAUGUGGAAGGGGUUGGAGUAGAGCUGAAGAGCUUGCAUCCUGGUUAGAUAUGGGCAGAUGAGUAGGUCACUGUACUAAGGAACGGAAGUUUUAAAACUCUACCAAACCCAAAAUGCUCAACAUGACCCUUAAGGCCUCGCAUGUUCUGGUCCUUAGGUCCAUGGCCUCACGGCUCUGCCCACUUCCUAACCCUCUCCUAUCACUUACCUCCUCACCCACCAUGCCCAGUUGCACUUGGUUUCUCUGAAAACUGAGUUCAUUCCUUCUUUCCUUUUGAAAUACUCUUUCCCCCACUUUGGCCUGACUAGAUCUUCCUCCUCCUUUCUUAUCGCUUCCUACUCCUUUCAGAAUCGGCAGUUUUUUAUCUGUGUGAUUGUGUGACAUUUGUCUCACUAGACUUUAACAGUGGGAUUUACUGUUCUGGUGCCUGGUACAUAGCAACCACUAAGUACACAUUCAUUGGUUGGAUAGGUAGAUGGAGGGAUGGUGAUACUGCCAUUAGUUCUGAGCUUUAAAGUAGGGCGAGGGGAGUUGCCAGGACAGAAAGUUAAACAGGCUGGAAGAAUGAGUAGCUCUCUCCUGCCGGCCCGCAGGGGAAGCAGUUUCCUGGGUGAGGUGGUGGUUUCCUUUCAGGCAGAGGUGGAGUUUGAAGAGAUUCAGGGGGCAGGAGACUUUGUGUAUAAUCAGAUGUGUGUCCCAGAGGCUACAGUGGAAAAUGGAAGGGAGUUGGUAUUGGGAGUGAGUCAGGAAAGUAGAAUGGGUUCCUUCAGAUAGUUUUAAGAGUAUUUUCUUUUUUUCUUGUGUAAGAAUUAAUAAAAAUCCCAUGUGGUGUCUUCUUUUCUUCUGAUACUAUUCAUUUGAAAAAGUUGCAUAAUUCCCAAGUAUAACAUUAGUGUUUUUGAUUUAACAUUGCAACCAGUUGUGGUACUUUCCAAUAACACUUCCACAAGAGAAAAAACUAUUAAAAAUAAGUAAAUAACUUUUUCCCUUAAAAUUUAAGAUUUCCUUAAAAUUGUAAAGUUUAGGUACAUUUAAAAAAAUAAGUAUCUUGUUUGUUCUUUCUUUGGCGUGGCUUGGGGUGGGGUUAGAGGGAAGGGGAACUGUUAGGAGCCCUCUAUAUCAUUUGCUGUUAUUCGAUGAAGUUAAUAUUGACAACAGACUAAGCUUAAAACCAGAAAAAUUAAACCUGUAAUUAGCUGUUACACAUUAUUUUAAAUAAACAUUUUAAUUAUAAACUGUGACUCCUUUAUGCAAGGUUAAAUGUAUUUUUUGCAAUGUCUUUGUAAAGUAGAUCUCUUUCCUAUCAUUUAAAAAGAAGGAGGUCAAUUUUUUUAAAAGAACUGAAUAGAGAGAGCAUCUAAAUCUAGUAUGGUAAGGCAUAUGUAAAUGAUCUUUAAAAAAUGGUGA